AUGGAGCCGGACGCCGCGACCCGACGCUUCCGCCUCUGGCUGCGCGGGCUGCGGUCGCUGCGCGGCGACCUCAGGUCCGCCCGCUGGUCCAACGACCCGGCCCAGCUGGACACCCUGGUGGGCCGCUUCGUGGCCCACAUGGAGGCCUACGGCGCCGCGCGCGCCGAGCUGGACCCCGUCCUGGCGCUGUCCGCGCCGUGGGCCAGCGCCGCGGAGCGGGGCGCCGCCUACUGGCUCGCCGGGUGGCGCCCCACCACGCUGGUCCACCUGCUCUACACCGAGUCCGGGCGCCGCCUCGAGGCGCAGCUCCCGGACCUGCUGCUGGGCGUGCGGCCGGGGAACCUCGGCGACCUCGGCCCCGCGCAGCUGGCGCGGGUCGACGCCCUGCACCGGCGCGCGGUGGCCGAGGAGAACGCGCUGUCGCGGGAGAUGGCGCGGGUGCAGGAGGGCCACGGCGGCGUGGUCACCGCGGCCGGGCUGGCGCUGGACGCGGGCGCGCUGGUGGCACGGGUCGGGGCGGUGCUGCGCGGAGCGGACGCGCUGCGGCUGCGCACGAUGAGGCAGGCAGUGGAGAUCCUGCAGCCCGCGCAGGCGGCGGAGCUGCUCAUCGCCGCCGCGGACCUGGAGAUCGGCUUCCGCGAGUUCGGCCUCAAGUACGGCUCCGGCCGCGACGAGUAACACCCGGGUCAGCCGCCCUGCCUGGGCCUGCACAGCUUUUUGCGCCCACAGUUUCGUGUGGGUUGUUUCGUUGGAGAGAGGGAGUGAGGGACGUUUCCUAGGCUCCUAGCUCGUUACAUUUCCUAGCUGAUGAUGAGUGAAUGCAUCCGACUGUGAGCGGGGGGAAGCGAGCAUGUCAAGCCAAAGGCCCGUGGCAGGGCAUGAUAUAAUGCCCCGGUGUUUAGUAAUAAAGUCCAAUGAACUGCCUCAUGGUUAAUUUGGACGCUCGAUUUAUA